AUGAAAGCCAGACAAACAAAAACUGAAGCGAAACCUAUUACAAUAACAGCUGAACGUUUAUCUGACAAUUCUCGUAUAACAUUUACUAUAUCGUCCGAUAAAACAAUUAAACAACUACAUGCUCUAUUAGAUCAUCAUUUACCGCCUUUAUCAUCGGGAAAAUUUGAGUUGUAUUCAUAUCAACGUGGUGCACUUAUACAUUUUCAUCCAUCUUCGUUUAAACUCGACUAUUUUCCAGUUAUUUUCGAUCAAUCUGUACUUCUACUAAAAAUGGAUGAUCGUCUUAUGAAUAAUAUCGAUACAAACAUUUCUCGAAAUAAACAACCAAAAUCCUAUUCAACAAAAUCGAAAUAUAUAUCAUUAAAAAACUUUUUAUCAUCGAAAUCUCGGACGACGAUAAAACCUUCUAUAAAACAACAAACAUCGUCAUCAUCAUCAUCAUCAACGAAUAUUACUUGUCUAACUAUAUUAAAACAAUAUUUUCAUAAAUCAUCGUCCAGUACCGUGAAUAAAACGGAUUCAACAAAUAUCCUAACUUAUUAA